UGCUCUCCAAGCUCUUUUCUCGUUUUCCAAACUGGCAAAGAGCAGUCACCAAAGUCAGAAAAAAAUAAGAACUGAUUCCCAAAGCAGAGCCUCGCCGCUCUUCUAGUCGCUGUUCGAGCAUCUCCUCACCCUCAGAGACCAGUCCGACACCUCGUCUAGUCCCUUGGCUUUCCAGGGUGCGUUGCGGACGGGACGGCGAAUUUGCAAGCGCCUCAGGAUUCUCAUACCUGAACACCAGCUCCAAGCUACGCCUGUAGUUUGAUCCACCCCGCCCGCCGAUCCAGGUUCGUCCGCCCGCCCGCCGACCUGACGUAUGCUAGUGUGGGGGCUAUCGCGAAGCUGUCGCCGAGCUGCCUCGCGCGAAGCUCGAGGGACCCUGGAGCUUGAGCAAUCCCGCACUUGCAGUCCCUGCGCUUGCACCCAGCCAGAUGGACCAACCCUCAAGAUCCCCCGAGCCGAGAGAACGCGCCGUGUCCUCUGAACCCUGCUCGACCCGUCCGAAUCCCUUCGACGACGACGAGCUCUCCGCCCGCAAGCGCCGCCGCACGUCAUUGAGCGGUGGUGCCUCGCCGUCGAAAUCCGCUGGCCCAGGUACGGCGGGGUCCUCUCAGGACCUUGGCGCAGAACUCCCAGAAGCCGAUCUGUCGCCCGAGGGCUCCAAAAUGAAGGUUGACGUCGACCCGGCCAGCCCCCACACCCCCGACCAGGGUUCCGAUGGGCCCGGACACUCGGUCGAGCCCGUGUCGAGUCGGGUCACCAUAAAUCUGCGCAACACACAGCGCCCGCUGGACACGAUACCCUCCUCCCCGCUCUCCUCCAAGAGCCCGGCCUCGACCACCCAACCUCCGGAGCCGAAUGUCGACGAUGUCAAGGUCAGCGUCGAGGAGUCCGAGGUCGACAUGUCUCAGGGAGGCACGUCGGGCUCGACUCCAAUAUCAUCUGCAAUGGAUGGUGGCAGUCCGCCCAUCAAGGUCCUCGAUCCCCGACCCGACGGUGAUUUCGACGCUGUAUUCUCUUCAUCCAAUCAACAAGACGACAAUCUGAUCCGCGUGACCGAGGACGACAAUUCUGGGUUUGUGGAACUGAAUGCCGAUGACGACGACGAGGUGUUGGAGGAUCCGACCCCCGAGUUCCCCUACAGGAACGAUGGUGAGCACCAACAAGAGAGCGUCAAUAGGGUCAAUCAGCAUAUCCUGGCCUAUGACGACGUCGCUUGGAGGCUGGUGAGAUGGAUCCAUGAGUACCGGCAGUGGGCCAAAGACGCCUCAUAUCCCAUGCUGCUUGAAUCCUUCCAGCAGCAUCGCUGCCUUUGGCUUGGGCUGCCAGAGAUUGUCUCGAAUGUUUACUUCCGAAGGAGCACUGUCAGAGACAGGGAGUUUCGUGCGGGAAUCCUCCGUAUCUUCCACGAGUUCUCCGCUCUUACCGCACACUUCGCCCGCUUCGAUCUCACUACAAUGAAGAGGGCCCCCCAGAUGGAAGAUAGUCGGCCCCCAGACCUGAUAUCUCCUCUCUACCUUCAAGUCCUGAAUACCAUGUGCAAACGUGACGAAGCAACGACGACGAGCUACAACAGUACCUGCUUGCAUCAGGACGAGAUAUCGGGGCUGAUAGACUCUUUCCUGAACCAGGGCCGGGGACAAGAGGCUGGCGGCUCCUUCGCCUGCCUGUGGAAAGUGGCAGGGUGGCACACCAGGCUACUUGCCAAGUUCCCUCGGCUGAGCGAUAAUCUCCACCACAUCUGCCAGUUGAGCUCCUUGAUUCUCUUGUACGACACGGUGCCCCCACUUCCCAACAGCACUUUGCACACAAGCGAAAAGGUGCGGAAUCGCCUGGACAUUGCGUGGCUCAUGUUCAGCGGUGUGUCCACGGCCCUGUCUGCUAUCAUUGAGAAAGGCAUCACGCACCUCUCUCACGAACACACCGGCGGCAUCAUCAAAUGCCUCGGGGAGAUCAUGAAACAUGCGCUGCGCGGCAAUGAUAAUGCUAGCGCCAUGAAGUGCGCCGAGGACUUCCGCAAGGCUCACCCACAGAUCCUCGCCACAUUCAUCCCAGAGGUUAUUUCCUGUCAGUGGCGAUUCAGCAUGUUCAGCAAGCUCAUCAUGUCCAGCCAGAUGCAGCUGCGUGUCAUGGCCGUCAGCGAGAUGUGUGCCGACAUGGUGAGCUGCUGGAAGCACUUCAGCGAGCCGCAACACGAUCCCCGUAACGUCGCGGUGCAGCACUUUUUUGCAGAUUUUCUCCUACGGUCCGACUUGAUUUCGUACCUGCUGGGGCCAACCUGCCAUCCCGAAAUCACGUCUGAGAGUUUUAAUAUCCUCGGUUUCUUGCUGGUUACCAACACGUAUGCCAACGAGCAUACCGACCUGAUGUGGAAGACGGUCACGACGACCCAGGAUCCCCGGGUCUCGGAGGCGCUGCUCCGCAUGGUUGGCCGCAUCGGUCAGCUCUUCUCACUGGAAGGCUUGCUGUACCUCCUGCACAAGCUGGAGUCACUACCUAUCGAGGGCUUCACUCCUGCGGUGCGAGAGUUCGCAGAUAUCAUGCUCAAGCACGCAGUGGGCAAGUGUGCCCAGAGCGAGCGCACCCUUGAUCUUGCGCCGUAUUUCCUCUGUCUGCGGCUCAUGAGGGAAUCCUCUGUCAUGGGGCCCAAAUCGCCCGUGGCUUAUCCCGACGUCCGAGAUUUUGCCAAUGCCAGGUUCAAAGAGCUGCUUCUCAGUCGCUGCGCUCCCGACGCGGAAGGGAGAGCCGUCUUGUACCGAGACUGCAUGCAGGACAUAGCGAACAAGUCGCCGACGACACCAGGGAGUCUCGCGGCGACACACCAUCUCGCAAGUCUGUUCCUCUCUAGGGAAAUCCAGAUGUUGGCAACCGAGUUUUCGUUUGCCGAGCUCCUGGUGAAUGAGCUGGAGCAUGCCAUCACUGCCGGCCACAGCGCUGGCUACCUGCCGGCCAUCAGCGGCCAACCCAAUGUUUAUCGACAUGACCUGAUAUACCACCUGGUGAACUACCAACCCAUGGCCAUCUUGGGUAGCGGCCUCGGGUCUCGGCUGUGGGAAAUGAUGGUUGGCAAGGGCGCCGCAUGCCAGGAAGACCGCGAUGCCUCGUGGAAGAUCCUGCUCAAGAGCCUACGGAAGACGAAGCCAGAGAAUGCCUUCUUGACUACCUGCCUAAACGAGUAUCUGCCCUUGCUUCCACCCGAGUGCUUUUGCACCGGCGCCCUAGAUCUUAUCCGGGCAGGGAUCAUGCCCAUCAUAAACGACCCCAAGAGCGACGUCUUGGACGACGAAGAGGGCGCCGACUGGGUUGCCAUCGAACAGGUCUGGCGAGUGAUCCUCACAACCACCAACCCCGCCCUGGAACAGCAAGCCGUCGAGUUGCUUGUGAACGACAUAUACCUCAACAGCAAAUCCAUCCGGGCCUUUUCGCACCACCGGGCCCGCAAGGUACAUCUCGGCUUUGUCGGCAGGUGUCUCAAGCAGCUCUUCUCGGCAGCGGCACAGCUCAAGUCCUUCGGCAGCCCCCCGACCACCGGCGAUGACGAGCCUAUGGUGGCGCCUUCUAACCCGGGCCUGGUCCAGGAGCAGUCGCUCUUGUUUGUGCGCUCGCUGGCUGUGCUACGUGAGUUUCACAGCAUGUACAGCCGGCUGGGGCAUUUUGCGACCCCCGACCUGAGGUCCCUGCCUCUGGCGUUGCCCAACGGCGUCGAGGGAGACUCGGCGGAACUCAAGUUUCAGUGCUUCGACGGGGACAAGCAUACUGACGUGAAGGAGCUAAACAUCGGCCGGCGAAAUACGGCGGCGUCUCUGCUGGCGAGCCUGAAAGAGGCGACCGGCUUCGAAAACUACAGGAUCUACUACCGCGGGCAGCCGUUUGUGCCGCAGGAGGCCGACAUAUGCAAGUCUCUGGAGGACCUGCAUAUUCACAACGGCUUGAUCCUGGUCAAGCGGGAGGCCGCGCCAGCCCCUACGGGCCGGAUCCGGCCGGGAGCGUCGCCCGUCGAGAUUGAAAUCCUGUCGCAUUUUGACAAGCUUUGGGAAUGCCUCGGCAUGGAUGCGAACUUCGCCACCGAGAUCUACCAAUUCCUUACCCGGCUUCCUGCCGAUGACCGCAUUCUGGGUGUCAUCGCAGAUCCUUCCAAGAGCCCGACCGAGGUCUUUCCAGUAGGGCAGACGUUCAAGUCGCUCUAUGCCAUCUUCGCUAUGGAGGACUUUCUCCGAUCUCGCCGACGCGCGGUCGAGUCCGCCGCACCACCUGACCGAGAGUCGGCGACACGAUCCUAUGACGACGCGCUCAAGAGGAUACUGUUUUUGGCCGUCGCCGCCAUCCGCAGCCACGACGUUAUAGAGAGCUGUCCCACCUUCAUCAACGGGGGAACGAAUCUGAGGGCCUACCUGACCACGGCCAUCAUGACCAUCGUGAUCGCCAUUCUGAACGACGCCCGCACAUGCACCCGCGACGCCCAGCUCACUGCCCCCAACGGUAGUGCGGCCCUUGUCGCUCCUGGGAUCUUGGAUUGUGUAGAUGGCGAUCUUGUCCGGCGUCUCAUCGCGCUGCUUGCUUCCAAUGCGGCCAUGCGAAACCCUAUAGACACUGUGGUAAAGCUGUCCAAUGCCCUGCUGCAGACGAUACUCGACUGUGCUGUGUCGUCACGAGUCUGCUGGGCUGCUCUCACUGCUUCGACCGAGAUACCUGCUGUCAUUACGCGGCUCGUCCUCCAGGAGCCGCGCCCCAUGGCCCGGGCCUUAGUACGAGAGAUGAUCAUGGUCAAGUUCAGCAGGCGAGACAGCUAUCUCGCGGUCUCCUCGCUCCAGCUGGAAGAGUUCUUCUGGCCCCUCGCCUGCAACCUGGUGCCCGCCGCCAUCGAGCAACGCUUUCAGUGCGAAGAAGUCUUCAACUUGUGGCUUGAGAUGUUCAAGUCGAUGAAAGACUCCGCGUCUGCCAUAUUGGACUUGCAGUUGCUGCUCGAUGUCACGUCGGACAUGCUGCUGUCGUAUGAAGCUGAGGAGGACAUUACCCAGCCAGAUUCGCCCGACUUGGUGGCGUUCAACCUGGCACAGAUGUUGAGACAGAUUCUCAUGACGCCAGAAGGCAGCUCUGCUGAGCAUGGGCUCGUACGGAGAAGGGACCUGGCACAUAGGAUCUUCUGGAAGCAUCUUUUCCCCGAGUGGCACACCGGUGCCCGCCGUCCUCUUCCGCAGCUGGUGCACGCCCCGCAAACCAGACUUUAUCUGUUUGAAUCCAUGCUGGCUUCGAUAGGGAACGACACGGAGUUGCUGGGGAGGCUGAUCCAGGACCUCGAUAUGCUGGUCCCAAUCGACACCGACGACAGCGAAGAUCCAUACCACUACGACCUCCCAUUCGGGUUUGAGCGUAGCAAGGCGAUUCGAGCUCCGUGCGGAUAUGUCGGGUUGAGAAACCUGUCCAACACGUGCUACCUGAACUCGCUCUUCACGCAGCUCUUCAUGAACGUCGGGUUCCGGAAGUUCAUACUCGAAGCCGAUGUUCCGGACCGAGAGUACUCUCAGAAGCUCCUGUUCCAGACUCAGACGGUGUUUGGCUUCCUUCAAAACAGCCUACGGCGAUACACCGACCCGCAGCACUGCGUGGCCAGUAUCAAGACUUAUGACGACACCCCGAUCGACAUCCACAACCAAAUGGACGUCGACGAGUUCUACAAUCUGCUCUUCGAUCGAUGGGAGGGCCAGCUGCUGACCCCCGAGAGCAAGAAGGAGUUCAGGGCGUUUUAUGGUGGCCAGCUGGUGCAGCAAGUCCGCUCCAAAGAGUGCGAGCACAUCUCGGAGAUACUCGAGCCAUUCUCGGCGAUCCAGUGCGACAUUAAGGGAAAGAGCAGUCUCCAGGAAAGCCUAGAGGCCUAUGUGCACGGCGAAAUCAUGGGGGGCGACAACAAGUACAAGUGCUCGACCUGCGACCGGCACGUCGACGCCGUCAAGAGGGCCUGCCUGAAGGAUAUACCGGACAACCUCAUUUUCCACCUGAAGCGAUUCGACUUCAACCUCCGCUCGCUGACGCGCAACAAGAUCAAUGACUACUUCAUGUUCCCGACAAGGAUCGACAUGCGCCCUUACACGAUCGAGCAUCUCAGUGACCCGUCCCAGGAGAGCGUUCCAGACAUUUUCGAGCUUGUCGGCGUUCUCGUCCACUCUGGGACGGCCGAGUCCGGUCACUAUUACUCAUAUAUCCGCGAGCGACCCACGUCGGGCUCGGGCGAGACCUGGGUCGAAUUCAAUGACGACCUGGUGUCUCAAUGGGACCCAGCCCACAUGGAGGCGAGCUGCUUUGGCGGCCCAGACCUGCGCAGCCCAUACGACGGGGCCGGCCAGCCUUAUGACAAGACCUACAGCGCGUACAUGUUGUUCUACCAGCGAUCUUCCUCUCUGGCAAAGGAGCAUCGGGCCCUGGCGCAGGUUGCGGGUACAAGCCCGCUCCGUGUCCCGAUGCCGGACGAUCUGCUGGCGCAUAUUCAGAGAGAGAACAUGUCCAUCCUUAGACGGCACUGUCUGUUUGCGCCAUCGCACAUCUACUUUGUCUGCGCCGCACUUCUCGCAUACGGAAACGCCAUCGCAGGUGACACAAGCGCUCAUCAACAAGGAAAGCACAAGGUGGCGAUACACAUGGCGCUCGGACACCUCGACCAAGUAGCUUCUCGACAGAAGGACGUACCCGACUUCGAUCGGAUUCUCAGCAACCUCAUUAGGUGGUUGUCGGUCUGCAGCGAGUGCGCCGUUGAGAUUCUCACGUAUCUGGGCGAGCGGCGGACGGCCUUCCGAAUGCUGCUGCAGCGGAACCCCGACAGCCGCGUCCGCACAAGCAGCGGAGACUUCUUCCUGUCGGUCAUGCGGGGGGCGAAAAACACGUGCCCGACCCUGUACGGGGGAUCGCCUGGAAAUCAGAACCCGUUCGCGCAAAACCUCUUGGUUCACCUCACUGUCGGGCUCAUCAGCGAGCUUUGGGACCACUUCCACCUUCACCUCCGGUCCUGGCACGAAAUCUUUGGGUUCAUGCUCGGAUACGUGCAACUUGGACGGCAGGAGAUGGGCUUGUUCUUGGACCAGAACCACCUGAGGAGACUGGUGCUGGUCAUUGCGGCCGAGACGAACGACCCUCAGACGCAGUUCGCGCGUAUGGCGACAACGGUGUCUAGGAGGCUCCCGAAUCGUCCUCCUAGCUACGAGAACGUCAUUGGCCUCAUCGCCGUGCUCCUGGAGAGCCUCGUGCCGCCGCGGGGAACUCAGGCGCACGAUCGUAGCGAGUUCCAAGCGCCCGAACAUGCACUCAUGACGUCUCGCUACAUGGCAGCCUGCCAAGACCCACCCGCACCUUUUGAGAUAACGAAGCAGGAGCUCGGGCUAAUCGGGAAGGACUGGGUCCGUAACCAGGGCAAUGUCUUUGUCGACAAGCUGCUUGUGAUCAACCAGAACAUGCCGGCAACCGAGUCCAUCAUCGAGUCGCUUGUGCGGCUCAGCAUGGUCAUGGAGUACAAGGUGCUCACGACGCUGAUGGUGGCCAUCAACGGUGCCAUCGUAUCUCACGUCAACCAGCCUUUCCUCCGAGCAGCAGUCGUCUUCUGCCGCAGGAGCCGCAACCCCAGCCGCAUCAACGAGCUGUUUAUGCACAUAUGCGAUCAGUGCCGAUCACUCAAUAACAAUGAGGGGAGGGCAUUCCUGGACUUCCACCGGGACGUGUUUGAGGUGCUGAACGUCUCUGGCCAGCAGGAAUCGAUGCCCUUCGCCCGCGAUGGCCUUGCAAACCUGCACAAAUGGGUACCCUUUCUGAUGGGAUACUACGAGCCCCAGGUGGGGAGCGACGUGUUUGAUUUCCUGUUCUCGGAGAUUUUCACGCACGGCCCCGCGGCGGACUUUGAAGAUGAUGCUGGAGGCGUGGAUCGGAGUGAGGCGCUCGACGUGGCAGCCCAACGGGUAGCUAUCGAGUCGUUGAAGCUUUUGAAGGCGACCUAUGUCCUCCGUGGAAACCAGAUCCAGAAGCAGAUCUUUCAGAACUUCGAACAGCUGUUUGACGAGACGGACAAAUACUUUGAACAAGACCAGCUCGGCGGCACCGGACACCUUGACGAAUCACGGCGGGAGGAGUAUCUGACGUUGAAGCGAGACGUUGUUGAGCCGCUGCAGAAGCUUACGGUGGAGGACAUAGAGGACGAUGCCUCCGAAUGGGAGAACUCUUGUGGAUCAUCGGAGCAGAUGGACAGUCUGGGAGACUUUAGCAUGCAGCAAACGGGCGAGCUUGGCGACGGCGAUCUCCAGUGAAGCAACCCACGGCAAAGAUGAGAACAUGGUGUCACGACAGCGACAACGGCUACUACGCGUAUUGCCUCUACCGCUAUUACCACUGUCGCCAUUCCUGCCAUCGCCAUUACUACCGCCGCUGCCACUACCCACUACUACUACUACUACCACUACAACUACUACUACAGAAUCUGGGUCUGACCCCACAUGCCCGUCGUUCGCCUCAAGACGGGACAUACCCUGAUCAACACACCACGCGCUCCGAUAACGAGUUUACGAUGUUAUGCCGAUAGAGGGAAAAUAACGCGGCACUCGAUUCACGUCAUUUUUUUUUGUUUGUGUUUAUUCUUGUCUGUUUAUUCUUGUUUGUUUUUUCUUCUCUCCCGACUUUUACUUUUGGCCACAUGGGCUUUUUUCCUCUGGCUUGCUCAAAAUCCCUACUACCAGACUUUCGUUUUGCCCCCUUACUGUCGAGUUGGUGGGAGAUAAUUCUGAUCUGAUGUCUGGUAGUUCAUGCGUGCCGCCAAGAGAUUAUCCGGAAGCGAGGAGUUUGGGUCACCAUCACAGGGCAAGAGAGUGAAAUAAGGAGACACCUGCACACAUUGUUUUUGCUUGGAGUCGUGGUGGGAAUUUGCAAUCCUGAAAGCAGAGCACUAGCUCACGGCUGUCGGGUUAAACCGGAGCGCGCACAUGUCCUUGCUUCAUGCCCUUCUUUUCUUAACCGUCUCGGCCGCCUUUUGCAUUUUCUCUUUUCUUCAGUCUUUGUUGUCAUCCUUGCCAGUACCUAAUGGCGAUGGGCAAUGCAUACAGCACGUGCCCGAACCCUGCCAACCCCAGCAAAGUCGGACUUGGGGUGAUGGAUCAGCAGCCCGGGCACAAGCCGGCGCCGAACAGAACCACAGAAUAAGGAAUGCAGGGGGUGAGAGCGAAGGGGAAUACCUAUCUAUAGAGCGGACUGGUGUCUGGAAAACCGGGCGCAACAAGAAGCGAUUCGGGGCUGAUGUGGUCCCAGAUGCUGCAGGCGCAGUUUGACUCGACCCGCCAUUCGGGAUUUUGGGCGUGGCUCCAUGAAGUGAUAAUCGCUAAUGCUUGCUGCCAUGAUGUUUCCUCUUUGACACUUUUGGCAUCACGCUUGGACUGGCAGA